UUCCCAACUUCCUACAACAACACAUUUCAUAACACCUACUACUGAAACAACAACACAACCUGAAGAAAUUAUUACAACUCACACUGCAGAACCUCUAACAGCGACAACAAAACUACCAUCUCUAACAACUCUAGCCGAAGAAGUAGAAACAUCUAUGCCCACCACAAUUUCUGCUCCUACAAUGAGUACACCAACUCAAACAACUAUUGCUUCCUCAACUGCAGAACAUACGACUGUCACUGAACUGCCACGCACUGACAAAACUACAACUGAAGCUACCACAUUCACAUCGACUGAAAAGACUCCAGAAACAACCACACAAACAGGCACACCAGAAAUGAUUACAGCACCUGUCACGGACACAACUGCACACAUUGCAUCAACAACUCAAAUUCAAACAGAAACAGAGGAAUCAACUUCCCAACUUCCUACAACAACACAUCUUUUAACACCUACUACUGAAACAACAACACAACCUGAAGAAAUUAUUACAACUCACACUGCAGAACCUCUAACAGCGACAACAAAACUACCAUCUCUAACAACUCUAGCCGAAGAAGUAGAAACAUCUAUGCCCACCACAAUUUCUGCUCCCACAGUGAGUACACCAACUCAAACAACUAUUGCUUCCUCAACUGCAGAACAUACGACUGUCACUGAACUGCCACGCACUGACAAAACUACAACUGAAGCUACCACAUUCACAUCGACUGAAAAGACUCCAGAAACAACCACACAAACAGGCACACCAGAAAUGAUUACAGCACCUGUCACGGACACAACUGCACACAUUGCAUCAACAACUCAAAUUCAAACAGAAACCGAGAAGACAACUUCCCAACUUCCUACAACAACACAUCUUAUAACACCUACUACUGAAACAACAACACAACCUGAAGAAAUUAUUACAACUCACACUGCAGAACCUCUAACAGCGACAACAAAACUACCAUCUCUAACAACUCUAGCCGAAGAAGUAGAAACAUCUAUGCCCACCACAAUUUCUGCUCCUACAAUGAGUACACCAACUCAAACAACUAUUGCUUCCUCAACUGCAGAACAUACGACUGUCACUGAACUGCCACGCACUGACAAAACUACAACUGAAGCUACCACAUUCACAUCGACUGAAAAGACUCCAGAAACAACCACACAAACAGGCACACCAGAAAUGAUUACAGCACCUGUCACGGACACAACUGCACACAUUGCAUCAACAACUCAAAUUCAAACAGAAACAGAGGAAUCAACUUCCCAACUUCCUACAACAACACAUCUUUUAACACCUACUACUGAAACAACAACACAAAUUGAAGAAAUUAUUACAACUCACACUGCAGAACCUCUAACAGCGACAACAAAACUACCAUCUCUAACAACUCUAGCCGAAGAAGUACAAACAUCUAUGCCCACCACAAUUUCUGCUCCUACAAUGAGUACACCAACUCAAACAACUAUUGCUUCCUCAACUGCAGAACAUACGACUGUCACUGAACUGCCACGCACUGACAAAACUACAACUGAAGCUACCACAUUCACAUCGACUGAAAAGACUCCAGAAACUACCACACAAACAGGCACACCAGAAAUGAUUACAGCACCUGUCACGGACACAACUGCACACAUUGCAUCAACAACACAAAUUGAAACAGAAACCGAGAAGACAAUUUCCCAACUUCCUACAUCAACACAUUUUAUAACACCUACUACUGAAACAACAACACAACCUGAAGAAAUUAUUACAACUCACACUGCAGAACCUCUAACAGCGACAACAAAACUACCAUCUUUAACAACUCUAGCCAAAGAAGUAGAAACAUCUAUGCCCACCACAUUUUCUGCUCCUACAAUGAGUACACCAACUCAAACAACUAUUGCUUCCUCAACUGCAGAACAUACGACUGUCACUGAACUGCCACGCACUGACAAAAUUACAACUGAAGCUACCACAUUCACAUCGACUGAAAAGACUCCAGAAACAACCAAACAAACAGGCACACCAGAAAUGAUUACAGCACCUGUCACGGACACAACUGCACACAUUGCAUCAACAACUCAAAUUCAAACAGAAAUAGAGGAAUCAACUUCCCAACUUCCUACAACAACACAUCUUAUAACACCUACUACUGAAACAACAACACAACCUGAAGAAAUUAUUACAACUCACACUGCAGAACCUCUAACAGCGACAACAAAACUACCAUCUCUAACAACUCUAGCCAAAGAAGUAGAAACAUCUAUGCCCACAACAAUUUCUGAUCACACAGUGAGUACACCAACUCAAACAACUAUUGCUUCCUCAACUGCAGAACAUACGACUGUCACUGAACUGCGACGCACUGACAAAACUACAACUGAAGCUACCACAUUCACAUCGACUGAAAAGACUCCAGAAACUACCACACAAACAGUCACACCAGAAAUGAUUACAGCACCUGUCACGGACACAACUGCACACAUUGCAUCAACAACUCAAAUUCAAACAGAAAUAGAGGAAUCAACUUCCCAACAUCCUACAACACAUCUUUUAACACCUACUACUGAAACAACAACACAAAUUGAAGAAAUUAUUACAACUCACACUGCAGAACCUCUAACAGCGACAACAAAACUACCAUCUCUAACAACUCUAGCCGAAGAAGUAGAAACAUCUAAGCACACAACAAUUUCUGCUCCCACAGUGAGUACACCAACGCAAACAACUACUGCUUCCUCAACUGCAGAACAUACGACUCUCACUGAACUGCCACGCACUGACAAGACUACAACUGAAGCUACCACAUUCACAUCGACUGAAAAGUCUCCAGAAACUACCACACAAACAGGCACACCAGAAAUGAUUACAGCACCUGUCACGUACACAACAGCACACAUUGCAUCAACAACUCAAAUUCAAAUAGAAACAGAGGAAUCAACUUCCCAGCUUCUUACAACAACACAUCUUUUAACAACUACUACUGAAACAACAACACAACCUGAAGAAAUUAUUACAACUCACACUGCAGAACCUCUAUCAGCGACAACAAAACUACCAUCUCUAACCACUCUAGCCGAAGAAGUAGAAACAUCUAUGCCCACAACUAUUUCUGCUCCCACAGUGAGUACACCAACUCAAACAACUGUUGCUUCCUCAACUGCAGAACAUACGACUGUCACUGAACUGCCACGCACUGACAAAACUACAACUGAAACUACCACAUUCACAUCGACUGAAAAGACUCCAGAAACUACCACACAAACAGGCACACCAGAAAUGAUUACAGCACCUGUCACGGACACAACUGCACACAUUGCAUCAACAACUCAAAUUCAAACAGAAACAGAGGAAUCGACUUCCCAACUUCCUACAACAACACAUCUUAUAACACCUACUACUACAGAAACAAGAACACAACCUGAAGAAAUUAUUACAACUCACACUGAAGAACCUCUACAAGCGACAAAAAAACUACCAUCACUAACAACUCUAGCCGAAGAAUAG